AUGUACGAUGUUAUAACGAAAACUGAGGGCUUUACUAAACCAUUCAAAUUCUUAGAGCGCCUGUUCGAUGAGCUUGGCCCCAUUUACAAAGAGGACUUCACUAUGAGGCCGUCGACGACAGUGCAUGUAAUCGAUCCAGAAGAUUUCGAGAAGACCUUCCGUGCCGAAGGCAAAUAUCCACAAAGGCCAAUACUAGAUUUUCAUCUCGAGCACCGUAGACGGAGAAAUUAUUUCCCUGGCGUACCCAACCUGUGAGUAUUCUUUGCAUCAAAACAACAGACGUUCUUACCGACAUGUAAACGUGGGUGUGAAAGUGCUUGAACCCUCAUUUUCUGGCAUAGAAUAAUUAAAAUUAUUUCAUCCUAUGUUUUCCUGCUCGAUAAUUUCCUCCUAGUCCUAGUUUUCAAGCCCUACAACCACGCAACAAUUUGGCAGAUCAAGCCACUAAGAAUUAUUUAAAGGAAGCCUACAGAAACACAGAAAAAAAAUACAAAAUCCACAAUCUUCCUCACGCAGUUUAAUUUUAGCAACGAUUUGAAUUGUCAUUAUUUUUAAUACUGUUUAUGAUAUAGACUGUUCACAGUCCUCUAUUUUUCCGUAAGAUCAUCGAGAUCGAGCGCUUUGCGUUACGGGCUAGGGCACCACCUAGAGCUAUAAUCCCCGACGCCCGCCCCCUCGGUACAUUUGAAAAUCAAGAUAGCCGUGACGGUAAGACGCGGUAUAUCUAAACGAUCUCACGAAAAAAUAGGGGAUUGUGAACAGUCUACCGUAAAUCCUCUAUUAAGCCCCCCCUCUCAAAUAAGCCCCCCCUUUUCAGAGGAGGAAAGUUAAUAAGCCCCCCCUCUCUAUUAAGCACCCCCCCCGAUCAGUUAUGGUUUAUUCAUAAAAAUUACCGAAGAACAUGAGGUCGAACGCGAAAGCACAUUUUUGAAGAAUAAGAAUUUUGUUUUUGUUACUUUUAGGCUCCCACAAGUGAAUUAAAUGCUUUUGACGGUGACUUUAAUUGUACAAUGCGCAAGUCUACUCUGUCUCAUACCACGGUAUUUUUGCUACAGGUGAUGCGUUUCGCUAAAUUAAAUAAGCCCCCCCUCUCUUUUAAGCCCCCCCUCUCUAUUAAGCCCCCCCUCAAAAGUGCUUGAAAAAAAUAAGCCUCCCGGGGGGCUUAAUAGAGGAUUUACGGUAUUAAUCAUACAUUUACUGGUGACAUACAUGAUUGAUAUUCUCCCUAUUCCUAGUUUCCAAGCCUCACAACCACGCAAUCGCAGAUUAAACCACUAAGAAUUUUCACAGGACACCUACAGAAUAUAUUGCGUCGUCACGCAAUCUAAUUUUAGCAACAAUUUGAACUGCCAUUGUUUUAAUAUUUUUAAUUAUCAUAUACAUUUACUAAAUGAUAUACACGAUUGAAGUUGACCACGUUACGAGCUCUUUUGUAGGUUACAGAAGGAAUGUUUUCGACGAGUGAGCACUUCCCGAUCUAGUACAUGCAGUUGCCAUUUUUGAUGUUGAAAAUUAAAAGACUGAGAUUCAGGGCCUUUGAUAUGAGUCAGCCCUUUAGGCCGGGUUGGGGCCCGUUUCUCGAAAGUCCCGAUAAUUAACGGGCCCGUCAAGCUGUUGUUGUUUACAUGCAAGAUAGAGGUUUCAAUAGUUUUGCAUCUAACAUGAUAAAACUAUCAGUUAAUGAAACUGACCUGUGCUCUUAUUCUUUAUAUUUCGAUUUGAAUAUUUGAUUUCGGGGCCGAAAAGUUACCGGGACUUUCGAGAAACGGGCCCCUGCAGCUGGCCCGCUUUUACCAGACUAGCUUGGCCCUUUAUUGCCUUAUUUUCUCAUAAAAGUUUCGUUUUGUUUACUCGAAAAAGGUGGCCGCCUUAGCUCUGCCGACCCCCCGCUUGCUCGAGCAGAGAUCUCAGCAAGCAGGCCAGCCCACUUCGUUAUUUUUAGGGAAGCAGUGAAACGGAAGGGGGUGGUGUGGGGCAGCAGUGUAGUGCUACUUGGGGGAGGGGGGGGGGGCGUCAAUGACUGUAAAAACAGAACACCUCCACAAUAAGCGAUUUGUGAUCCAAACGAUGACACUUUCUUAAACUGAAGACUGGGACAUAAUAAUUUUCAACAAUAUUGGACUUAACGUACUCAGUCAUGACAGUUUUGUUUUAACAGACAAGGAGAAGAAUGGCACAGAGUGCGGCAAACCAUUGCUCCUAAGAUCAUGCGUCCUAAAGUUGUCGAGGAAAACAUCGGGAACUUUAACGCAGUAAGCAAGGAUGCUGUGGCAAGUUUGGUGAAGAAAGCUUGUGAGCAAGAUGAUCACAUGCCUGACUUGGAAAAGGAACUUUAUCGAUGGUCUUUAGAGGGUAACAAUCAGUGUAUAUGUUUGCGAGGUAUCCUAGUAUCCCAAAUCGUGCCUCUAUUCUAAACGCUAUCCCGGAACCCGCCAAACCUAUGUUUGACCACAGGUGGCCCAAACAUACGCUAUAGGGAAAGGGUGUAAAGUAAUAGACCUUUUUACCGAUACGGCGGCCAUAUUGAAUUAAUUUGAGUUAAUAAGGAGUAUCAUGGGAUGCUCAGGGGGCAUGAGCACGAUCCUUUCCGGCUCGCUUAGUUUUAGAAAUAUGGCCUUUCACUGUAUAUUUCUCGGAGAAAAGGUGAUCUUUAUCACAUCCAAACACAGCACAACGAUCUUAUUUUCCCAUAACAAUCUUAUUCUAAGAAAACAUAUAAUUGUUAUUACAUCAGUAUAGGGCUUUAUUACAUUUAGGAUCGUUUACAUUAGGCCUACAUUACAUUUAGGCCUUCUACAACUCCAAGAAAAGUUAGAAAGCUCAUUGUCAAAUACAACUCACGUGCACUAAUGACUGAACCAUAUUUUUUUCGUGGUGUUUAUUCUAGGUAUGGCUACAUUCGCAUUUGAUACUCGCCUUGGAUUAUAUGAAGAUCCACCGCCACAAGAGGCACUUGAAUUCACAGAGGCAAUCAUCAACUUUUUCGAAAUUUCCCAACAGCUUUUGUUUGAUGCAUUUUACCAAAUUGCUUCCAAGUAUAUUGACACACCACUAUUUUAAAAACUUCUCUAGAAUUGUGACACUUUGUUGGAUAUCGGAGGGGAUUUUGUUAACAAGAAAAUGAUGGAGCUGAAAGAAAUGACAGAAAAGGGAAUUGAUCCUGCUAAGACUGAAGGUGUGUUAAUUGCUUUAUAAUUCAUUCAAAAUAAUUCCUAGUUUAAAAACAAGCUAAAACGUGCAUACCUUCGUCGAUGUUAAGUUCGCCUUGAUAGUGCAUGUUUAGAAGAUAAAGGAGUCGGGUUCAGGUCUGCAAAUAUACUGCAACGAGCAGAUGUUGUCCAUCGAGUUGUCUUCUUGCUAUGUUUUUAGACAAUAGUUCGUCGUGACACGAGUGAAAUGUUCCGCCGACUGUUCGGCCAUUUUUCUUUUCACAACCAAAACACCUCAACCUCGUCCCUAGGUCUUCUCGGUUAACGGUGCAUUAACCUGCAGCUGUGCUGCACUUUUGACGUCAUCGGUUGAUUACCUUAUUAUAGGAAAUUAACGCUCCAUGAAGUUAAGGUAUUGGAAAUUAACGCGACUUAAAUUAACGCGAUGGAAAAUGGAAAACGACUUUCGAAUAAAGAAAAUUAACGCGAAAGAGGAGCUAGAAUUUCGUAAUAAAAGAAAUUAACGCGAUUAAUUACGCGAAAUCAAAGGAGAAGAUAUUGACAUCACUUCUGAUAGCGACAACGAGAAGAUGAACUUGAAACAUUGUAAACCUUCGCCCUAGCUUUUGUGAAAGAUGAAAAAUAAGAGGUAAAUGGAAAGAAAGAAAGCUUGUAGUUAAUGUUUUUUAGGUGUCAAGAAUGUCUGGACAGGUUCCAAAAUUGGGGUUAAGAUACUGGAAAUUAAGAGCGCGGAAAUAAACGCUGCACUUAAUUAACGUCGCGGAAAUUAACGCUCAACAAAUUAACGUGACUUAAAUUAACGCGAAUUUUAACGAUUCGCGUUAAUUUCAUGGAGCGUUAAUAUCUGUAAUAAGGUAGUCACAAAAUUCUACCAAAUUUGGUCAACCGUAGCUGGUUAUGGUGAAUUAUGCGUGUGCUUUUAGCCAAUCAGAAACGGAGAAAUAUUUUGAAUGAAUAAUAACAUGACUCAUGUUCAUCUGCAUUUCUUCCAUACAGCAAUUAAUGCGCAUGCUCAGCUUGCAAGGCAAGCUACUGCCACACGAACAGGGGGUGCAUUAUCCAGCAUUAUUAUUCAUUCAAAAUAUUUCUCCGUUUCUGAUUGGCUAAAAGCACACCUGAACACACCUGAUCACCCGGCUUAAUUGUACAAUGCGUAAGUCUACUCUGUCUCAUACCACGGUAUUUUUGCUACAGGUGAUGCGUUUCGCUAAAUUAAAUAAGCCCCCCCUCUCUUUUAAGCCCCCCCUCUCUAUUAAGCCCCCCCUCAAAAGUGCUUGAAAAAAAUAAGCCUCCCGGGGGGCUUAAUAGAGGAUUUACGGUAUUAAUCAUACAUUUACUGGUGACAUACAUGAUUGAUAUUCUCCCUAUUCCUAGUUUCCAAGCCUCACAACCACGCAAUCGCAGAUUAAACCACUAAGAAUUUUCACAGGACACCUACAGAAUAUAUUGCGUCGUCACGCAAUCUAAUUUUAGCAACAAUUUGAACUGCCAUUGUUUUAAUAUUUUUAAUUAUCAUAUACAUUUACUAAAUGAUAUACACGAUUGAAGUUGACCACGUUACGAGCUCUUUUGUAGGUUACAGAAGGAAUGUUUUCGACGAGUGAGCACUUCCCGAUCUAGUACAUGCAGUUGCCAUUUUUGAUGUUGAAAAUUAAAAGACUGAGAUUCAGGGCCUUUGAUAUGAGUCAGCCCUUUAGGCCGGGUUGGGGCCCGUUUCUCGAAAGUCCCGAUAAUUAACGGGCCCGUCAAGCUGUUGUUGUUUACAUGCAAGAUAGAGGUUUCAAUAGUUUUGCAUCUAACAUGAUAAAACUAUCAGUUAAUGAAACUGACCUGUGCUCUUAUUCUUUAUAUUUCGAUUUGAAUAUUUGAUUUCGGGGCCGAAAAGUUACCGGGACUUUCGAGAAACGGGCCCCUGCAGCUGGCCCGCUUUUACCAGACUAGCUUGGCCCUUUAUUGCCUUAUUUUCUCAUAAAAGUUUCGUUUUGUUUACUCGAAAAAGGUGGCCGCCUUAGCUCUGCCGACCCCCCGCUUGCUCGAGCAGAGAUCUCAGCAAGCAGGCCAGCCCACUUCGUUAUUUUUAGGGAAGCAGUGAAACGGAAGGGGGUGGUGUGGGGCAGCAGUGUAGUGCUACUUGGGGGAGGGGGGGGGGGCGUCAAUGACUGUAAAAUCACAGAACACCUCCACAAUAAGCGAUUUAUGAUCCAAACGAUGACACUUUCUUAAACUGAAGAAGAGAGAAUAAUUUUUAACAAUAUUGGACUUAACGUACUUAGUCAUGACAGUUUUGUUUUAACAGACAAGAAGAAGAAUGGCACAGAGUGCGACAAACUAUUGCUCCUAAAAUCAUGCGCCCUAAGGUUGUCGAGGAAAACAUCGGGAACUUUAACGCUGUAAGCAAGGAUGCUGUGGCAAGUUUGGUGAAGAAAGCUUGUGAGCAAGAUGAUCACAUGCCUGACUUGGAAAAGGAACUUUAUGGAUGGUCUUUAGAGGGUAACAAUCAGUGUAUAUGUUUGCGAGGUAUCCUAGUAUCCCAAAUCGUGCCUCUAUUCUAAACGCUAUCCCGGAACCCGCCAAACCUAUGUUUGACCACAGGUGGCCCAAACAUACGCUAUAGGGAAAGGGUGUAAAGUAAUAGACCUUUUUACCGAUACGGCGGCCAUAUUGAAUUAAUUUGAGUUAAUAAGGAAUAUCAUGGGAUGCUCAGGGGGCAUGAGCACGAUCCUUUCCGGCUCGCUUAGUUUUAGAAAUAUGGCCUUUCACUGUAUAUUUCUCGGAGAAAAGGUGAUCUUUAUCACAUCCAAACACAGCACAACGAUCUUAUUUUCCCAUAACAAUCUUAUUCUAAGAAAACAUAUAAUUGUUAUUACAUCAGUAUAGGGCUUUAUUACAUUUAGGAUCGUUUACAUUAGGCCUACAUUACAUUUAGGCCUUCUACAACUCCAAGAAAAGUUAGAAAGCUCAUUGUCAAAUACAACUCACGUGCACUAAUGACUGAACCAUAUUUUUUUCGUGGUGUUUAUUCUAGGUAUGGCUACAUUCGCAUUUGAUACUCGCCUUGGAUUAUAUGAAGAUCCACCGCCACAAGAGGCACUUGAAUUCACAGAGGCAAUCAUCAACUUUUUCGAAAUUUCCCAACAGCUUUUGUUUGAUGCAUUUUACCAAAUUGCUUCCAAGUAUAUUGACACACCACUAUUUUAA